GAGUUGCGCGGGUGUUGUUUGCACCUUGACCAAACACAGCUCCACCAGGCUCCACCAUCACAUCACAUCACAUCCUGCCCACGGGACACAAGCUUACAUCCACCAUUCCCAUCCCUGUACUCCCCUGGUGCCUUGUACAAUACACCUACACCCCCUGUACACCACCUCAUCUCACAGACACCAUGGCCGACGGCGGAGGCUGGAGCACAAUCGAGUCCGACGCGGGCGUCUUCACCUCUCUAAUCGAGAACCUCGGCGUCAAAGAUGUCCAAUUCGAAGAACUCCUCUCUCUAGACGCCGACUCCAUCCGCUCCCUAAGUCCCGUCUACGGCGUCAUCUUCCUCUUCAAAUGGCUCCGCGAAUCCACCCAACCCACCACCACCACCACCACCACCUCCUCCUCCUCCUCCUCCACCCCUCUCUCCGGAGCCUACGACACGACUCCCCCACCCACCCUCUUCUUCGCCAACCAAACGAUCCAAAACGCCUGCGGCACGCAAGCCAUCCUCUCCGUAAUCCUCAACAACGACACCCCCACCCCCACAAACCCCGCCCCCAUCCCCCUCGGCCCAGCCCUCACCUCCUUCAAAGACUUCACCUCGGGUUUCCCACCGGACCUCCUCGGCGAAGCGCUCUCGAACUCCGAACCCAUCCGCACCGCCCACAACGCCUUCGCGCGAUCCUCACCCUUCGUGGACGAAACGAUCCGCCAGAACCAAGACGAAGAGGGCGGGGACGUAUACCACUUCAUCGCGUACACGCCGAUUAACGGGAAAUUGUACGAGUUGGAUGGGUUACAGCCGCAUCCGAUUUCGCAUGGGGAGUGUGCGAGGGAGGAGUUCCCGGAGAAGGUCAUUGAGGUGUUGAGGGAGAGGAUUGGACGGUAUCCGGAGGGGGAGACGAUGUUUAAUUUGAUGGCGGUGGUGAGGGAUCUGAGGGUCGGGGCGAGGGAGAUUGGGGAUGUGGAGGGGUUGGAGAGGGAGGAGAGGAAGAGGAGGGCGUGGGCGUGGGAGAAUACGCUGAGACGGUCGAAUUUUGUGGGGUUUAUUGGGGAGGUGUUGAAGGGGGUGGUGGGGGUCAAGGAUCGGGGGGGACAGUUUGAGGAGUGGGUGGAGAGGGCGAAGGGGGAGACGCAGAAGAAUUUGAGGAGGCGGUAG